CCGACACCUCCCACCAUGGACAGCUUCGACUUAGCUCUGCUCCAGGAAUGGGACCUCGAGUCACUGUGUGUCUAUGAGCCAGAUAGAAAUGUGUUACGGAGGAAAGAACGAGAAAGGAGAAAUCAAGAGACUCAACAGGAUGAUGGCACGUUUAAUUCCAGUUAUUCCCUCUUCAGUGAACCCUACAAGACUAACAAGGGGGAUGAGCUCUCCAACCGGAUCCAGAAUACUUUAGGCAAUUAUGAUGAAAUGAAAGACUUUUUAACUGAUAGAUCUAAUCAGAGUCAUCUCGUUGGCGUUCCCAAACCUGGGGUUUCUCAGGCUCCUGUGAACAAGAUCGAUGAACAUUUUGUUGCAGAUUCAAGAGCCCAGCCCCAGCCCUCAUCUGUCUGCAGCACUGCAUCUUCCGCACCAGCAACUGUCCCUGUGCAGCAGAGUAAGAGGGGCACCAUGGGCUGGCAGAAGGCUGGGCACCCGCCUCCUGAUGGCCCACAGAGAGCAACACAACAGGGCUCUCUCAGGACCUUGCUUGGAGAUGGUGUUGGCAGACAGCAGCCACGAGCCAAACAAGUGUGCAAUGUAGAGGUGGGUCUUCAGACCCAGGAAAGACCACCUGCUAUGGCAACCAAGCACAGCAGCAGUGGACACUGUGUUCAAAACUUUCCUCCAUCCCUGGCUUCCAAACCCAGCCUGGUCCAGCAGAAACCAACUGCAUAUGUGCGGCCGAUGGAUGGCCAAGAUCAGGCUCCCGAUGAGUCUCCGAAGCUUAAGUCAUCCACGGAAACCAGUGUGCACUGCACGUCCUACAGGGGAGUCCCGGCCACCAAGCCAGAGUCCACCAGAGCCAAGGCCAAGCUUUCCAAGUUCAGCAUCCCCAAACAAGCAGAGGAGAAUAGAUCUGGAGAAACCAACAGCUGUGUGGAAGAAAUAAUUCGGGAGAUGACCUGGCUACCACCACUUUCUGCUAUUCAGGCACCAGGCAAAGUGGAACCAAGCAAAUUUUCAUUUCCAAAUAAGGACUCUCAACUCGUUUCCUCCGGACACAAUAAUCCAAAGAAAGGUGAUGCUGAGCCAGAGAGUCCAGACAAUGGCACCUCGAAUACAUCAAUGCUAGAAGAUGACCUUAAGCUAAGUAGUGAUGAAGAGGAGAAUGAACAGGCAGCCCAGAGAACCGCUCUCCACGCUCUGUCUGACAGCGCCGUGGUCCAGCAGGCCGACUGCAGAGCCUCCGUGCCCUCCAGCAAGGGCAGCAGCAGCGGCAGCAGCAGCAGCGGCAGCAGUUCGUCCAGCGACUCGGAGAGCAGCUCCGGAUCCGACUCCGAGACCGAGAGCAGUUCUAGCGAGAGUGAGGGCAGCAAGCCUGCCCACUAUUCCAGCCCUGAGGCUGAGCCCGCAUCCUCUAACAAGUGGCAGCUGGAUAAAUGGCUGAACAAAGUUAACCCCCACAAGCCGCCUAUUCUGAUCCAAAAUGAAAGCCACGGCCUGGAAGGCAGUCAGUACUACACCCCGGGGAAAGACCAAGCGCAGGACUGCGGGAAACUCCCCGACAGCUGCCAAACCAGCCUGAGAGAGAAGGACAUCAAAAGCGCCUGCAAAGAAGAGCAGAGGCCAAGGACAGCCAACAAGGCCCCCGGGACAAAGGGGGUGAAACAGAAGUCCCCGCCCGCGGCGGUGGCCGUGGCCGUGGCCGUGACUGCAGCCGCCCCGCAGCCCACGGUCCCCGGGGCGCCCUCGGAGAGCGCGCCCACACCCACGCGGAGGUCUGCAGGCAAGAAGCCCCCCAGGCGCACCGAGAGGACCCCUGCCAGCGAUAGUGCUAACUGCCCACGGCCCGAGGAGCCGGCGGAUGCGCUGGGGGCGAGCGCAGCGAUUGCUCCGGAGCCCACCAAAGCCAGGCCCUGUGCCAACAGCAGGACGAGCCACCGCAAGGAGCUGCGCACCUCAGUCACCUGCGAGAAGCGUCGCACGCGGGGACUGAGCAGGAUUGUCCCCAAGUCCAAGGAGUUCAUUGAGACAGAGUCGUCAUCUUCGUCUUCCUCCUCAGACUCCGACCUGGAGUCAGAGCAGGAGGAGUACCCUCUGGCCAAAGCGCAGGCCGUGGCCGCCGCCUCUGCGAGUGACCAGAGGCUCAAGGAGGCUGCCAGCAGCGUCAGCAGUGGCGGCGGCCCCCGCGCUCCGGUGGGCUCCAUCAACGCCAGGACCACCAGUGACAUCGCCAAGGAGCUGGAGGAGCAGUUCUACACGCUGGUUCCCUUCGGCCGCAACGAACUUCUCUCCCCUCUGAAGGACAGUGACGAGGUCAGGUCUCUUUGGGUCAAAAUUGACCUGACCCUCCUGUCCAGGAUCCCAGAACACUUGCCCCAGGAGCCGGGGGUCUUAAGCACUCCUGCGGCCAAGGACGCUGAGAGCGCCCCUCCAGGCCACCCAUCCGACACACCCUUAGAAAAGACUUUGCCAAAAUCCAAGAGGAAACGCAAGUGUGACAAUGAAGACGACUACAGGGAGACCAAGAAGGCCCAGGGGGAGAAGGAGGGCUCCUCACGACUGGCCGCAUCUGCGAAUCAUUGCAACACAAACAGCUUGGCAAUACCCAUAAAUAAAAAUGAAAAAAUGCUCCGGUCGCCCAUCUCACCCCUCUCCGACGCCUCUAAACACAAAUACUCCAGUGAGGACUUGACGUCUGCCAGCAGGUCCAACGGCAGUGGCUUGUUUCCUUCCACCACCGCCAACAAAAAGCUGAAGUCCGAGAACCAGCUGCAGGCUCAUGCCGCAGACCUCACGAAAGCAGCUCACCACAAUUCGGAGAACGUCCUCCACAAGUCACGGCCACAGACAGAGCCGUGGUCCCCAGGCUCCAGCGGCCACCGGGACUGCAAGAGACAGAAGCUCAUCUUCGACGAUAUGCCUCGCAGUGCAGAUUAUUUUAUGCAAGAAGCUAAGCGGAUGAAGCAUAAAGCAGACGCGAUGGUGGAAAAGUUUGGAAAGGCUUUGAACUACGCAGAAGCAGCCUUGUCAUUCAUUGAGUGUGGAAAUGCAAUGGAACAGGGCCCAAUGGAAUCCAAAUCUCCUUACACAAUGUAUUCAGAAACAGUGGAGCUCAUCAGGUAUGCCAUGAGACUAAAAACACACUCAGGCCCCAAUGCCACACCAGAGGAUAAACAACUGGCUGCAUUAUGUUACCGAUGCCUGGCUCUCCUGUACUGGCGGAUGUUUCGACUCAAAAGGGAUCAUGCUGUAAAGUAUUCAAAAGCACUUAUCGACUAUUUCAAGAAUUCAUCUAAAGCUGCCCAAGCCCCAUCUCCAUGGGGGGCCGGUGGAAAGAGCACUGGAACCCCAUCCCCCAUGUCUCCCAACCCCUCCCCCACCAGCUCCGUGGGAUCUCAGGGGAGCCUCUCCAACACCAGCGCCCUGUCCCCCUCAACCAUCGUCAGCAUCCCACAGCGCAUCCACCAGAUGGCCGCCAAUCACGUCAGCAUCACCAACAGCAUUCUCCACAGCUACGACUACUGGGAGAUGGCGGACAACCUGGCCAAGGAAAACAGAGGGCCUCCUGUUCCUAACCUACCUUCAUCUUCACGGUGGGAGAUUAGACACAGGGAUGAUAUAGAUACAAAUGAUAUUACAGGUACAGACACAUAG